AUAACUGCUUUGUUUCAUUUGAUACGAGUAAUUAUGAAAUAGUUGUUGUUUGCUUCGGGCAUUCCUCUAUCUCCCUUCUCUUCUCUUCCCUUCGUACAAACAAAGUUACCAUUCUCUCUCUCUGUUAAUUUUUUCUCUUCGUUCUACUUCUAGGGUUUCGCUUCUGCGACGGACAUGUCUUCUGCUCAUCAAAGGUUUGAGAAGAUAACCUAAUUUUGUUUGUUCACCAACUGUCUUGAACACUAUGGAACAUCGAGUAGAUUUCCUCGGUUGGCUUGAUUCUGACACAUCUAGUAAGGUUCUCAUGUGUCUGGAUGAUCCGGCUGAUCUUGUCCGGGUCAGCUGCGUCUCGCGGUCUUUGAGACACAAUGUGAUUGCAAAUGGUCUUUGGAAGCAGCUAUGCUUGAGAAUGUGUCCUCAGUUAUCUAGAGUUGCUUGUGUUGUUGAACUGAAUCAACAUGGAGCAGAGCAACAUGCAGAGGUUGGAUCUAGCUACUCUAUGGAAUGGCUAUCUCUGCAGAGAGAUCAUAGAGUCUAUUCUUAUUUAGCUAGAGCUUUCACAUCAUCUGUUGCAAUGAAUUGCAUUGCUAAGACAAUAUCCGCUUCUAGCACUGAUAAUUUUCCUCAGGAGAGUAUUGAUAAUACUCUAGAGCCAAGAGAUAACAUUGGUGGUAGAUUUUCCUACUGGUCAAGUAAUGGACAGAGUAAUCCCAAUGUGCCUGAGACAUUAACAUAUGAGUUGGUCUCUCAAAUUUGUGUUAUUACAGAAAUCAAUAUCCAGCCUUUCCAAGCUUACUUUCAGAUGGGUUCACCAAUAUAUUCAGCAAAAUCUGUUCGGUUUAAAAUGGGUCAUUCUAAAUCAUCUUUAGAUGCCUUGGAUGAUGACAGGUUUGUAUGGACCUACACUUCACCGGAGUUUCCAAUGACUCAGGAAAACCGGCUACAGAAGUUCAAGCUUCCAGAACCUGUGCUUUGUAUUGGUGGUAUCUUGCAGAUAGAGCUAUUGGGAAGGGUACAGAGACAAGAAAUGGAUGGCUUAUUAUACAUCUGUGUUUCUUAUGUUCAAGUUCUGGGAGGAUCGUUGUCACCACCAUUUAGUGUGGAAAUUCUGGAGCCCUCUGGAAUGUUUGUGUUGAAGAGGGACCAGCUGGCUAACUGUCAACCCUUAAUCACAUCUGGAAAUGAAUCUCAAGCAAUUUCUGCUGAUUAUAUGCAAAGGGGACUGAGAGAUUUCCAGCAGAUUGUAACUAUACUGCGUGGACAUGUAGUAGGAGUUGUCGAAGAUGAUUGGGAUGAAGAUGAAUAUGAAGUUGACGAUUAUGAAGAAUAUGCCCUCUGAUCUUUACUAGCAUAAAGUGGUUUUAUAAUCCCCUCCCAGAACAAUAAAGAAAACGAAAAAAAAUGUUACAAUCCCCCGAGGUGAGGAGUGGUUGCAUUCAAAUCAGUUUUCCUGAUUUCCCUUUGUGAGAUUACCCUUUAAAUGUUCAGGUUAUCUGUGCUUUGACUGCAGAAUUGAUUCUAAGUAUUUACUUCUCUUGUAGAUAAUGGUCUUGGGUGUGGAACAAGUAUACACCUUUUAUAUGCGAUUUAACAUCUGAUGCUGUAGUUGUACCAAACGUCUGCCAAACCCUAAGCUUGAAACUUGAGGUUUCUCUCAAGUCUUACCUUGUAU